CUAGAUGAGGAGGAGCUGAAAAUGCAGAUUUAGCAUCAAGUACAGCCACACUCGCUCUCCUUCCCCCCUCUCAUAUACACACAGAUACACACUCACAUACCCUCCAAGGAGCUGGACCAUCUGACUUACACGGCUUCCCAUUCCCCAACAUCCAAAAUCUUGGAGGAAAAUUCACUCUGAUUUUGUUGCCUUCCAAGCUCCCUAGGAUCAACCUCUCCUACCCCACCCCACCCCCAAGUCUUUUCUUUUAAACUAUUUUUUUUAAUUUCCACCCUCUUAGAUCUGCUCCACCCUAACCAUCACUCACUCCACCUUAUCUAUCAGCCACCUCUUUGCACUUUUACACCCCCAAGAAAGAUGCAGGGUGGACGUGUUUCACCCCAGUGGAAGGCUGCUGUGGUCUUGCUCUGUAUUAUGAUUUUUGCAUCUGCCGAGAGACCUGUCUUUACUAAUCAGUUUUUGGUUGAGUUGCACACGGGGGGAGAGGAAGAAGCCCGUCAAGUUGCUGCAGAACACGGCUUUAGUGGUGUCAGAAAGCUCCCCUUCACAGGAGGCUUGUACCACUUUUACCACAAUGGCCUUGCCAAGACUAAGAGAAGACGCAGUCUGCCCCAUAAGCAGAAAUUGGAGACAGACCCCAGGGUAAAGAUGGUUUUGCAGCAGGAAGGAUUUGGCAGAAAAAAACGCGGGUAUAGAGACAUUAAUGAAAUUGACAUCAACAUGAAUGAUCCCCUGUUUACAAAGCAGUGGUACCUGAUCAACACUGGACAAGCUGAUGGGACUCCAGGACUUGAUUUGAAUGUGGCUGAAGCCUGGGAGCUAGGGUACACAGGGAAAGGAGUUACCAUAGGAAUCAUGGAUGAUGGAAUUGACUAUCUCCAUCCUGAUCUCGCUGCAAAUUAUAAUGCGGAAGCGAGCUAUGACUUCAGCAGCAAUGACCCUUAUCCUUACCCUCGCUACACAGAUGACUGGUUUAACAGUCAUGGGACCCGCUGUGCAGGGGAAGUGUCAGCAGCAGCCAACAACAACAUCUGUGGGGUUGGAGUGGCUUAUAAUUCCAAGGUUGCAGGAAUACGCAUGCUGGAUCAACCAUUUAUGACGGAUAUUAUUGAGGCCUCCUCCAUCAGUCACAUGCCUCAAGUGAUAGACAUAUACAGUGCCAGCUGGGGCCCAACGGAUAAUGGAAAGACUGUGGAUGGACCCAGAGAACUCACCCUCCAGGCAAUGGCAGAUGGUGUGAACAAGGGCCGUGGGGGCAAAGGCAGCAUUUAUGUGUGGGCUUCCGGGGAUGGAGGCAGCUACGAUGACUGCAACUGUGAUGGGUAUGCCUCGAGCAUGUGGACCAUCUCCAUCAACUCCGCCAUCAACGAUGGCCGCACCGCUCUAUAUGAUGAAAGCUGCUCUUCUACCUUAGCAUCCACAUUCAGCAAUGGGAGGAAGAGAAACCCUGAAGCCGGUGUGGCGACCACGGAUUUAUACGGCAACUGUACUUUGCGGCAUUCGGGAACAUCAGCUGCUGCCCCUGAGGCUGCCGGAGUGUUUGCGUUGGCGCUGGAGGCUAAUCGGGACCUGACAUGGAGAGACAUGCAACACCUGACUGUGCUCACCUCCAAAAGGAACCAACUUCACGAUGAGGUUCAUCAGUGGCGGAGAAAUGGGGUUGGCCUGGAGUUCAACCAUUUGUUUGGCUAUGGGGUCCUCGAUGCAGGAGCAAUGGUGAAAAUGGCUAAAGACUGGAAGACAGUCCCCGAGAGAUUCCACUGUGUCGGAGGUUCAGUACAAGAGCCUGAGAAAAUACCGUCCAACAACAAGUUGGUUCUGACGCUCACAACUGAUGCUUGCGAGGGAAAGGAAAACUUUGUGCGCUACCUUGAACAUGUCCAAGCUGUCAUCACAGUGAAUGCAACAAGGAGAGGAGACUUGAACAUCAACAUGACCUCCCCAAUGGGCACCAAAUCCAUUUUGCUGAGCCGGCGCCCAAGAGAUGAUGACUCUAAGGUGGGUUUUGACAAAUGGCCAUUCAUGACCACUCACACUUGGGGGGAAGAUGCCAGAGGGACAUGGAUUCUGGAAAUUGGGUUUGUUGGGAGUACGCCACAGAAGGGAGUGCUGAAGGAAUGGACAUUGAUGCUGCAUGGAACACAAAGUGCCCCCUACAUAGACCAAGUAGUGAAAGAUUACCAGUCCAAGCUGGCGAUGUCCAAGAAGGAAGAACUGGAGGAAGAAUUAGACGAAGCUGUGGAGAGAAGUCUUAAGAGCAUACUGAGCAAAAACUAAUGCUGCAUGUCUGGUUUUGCCUUCACUCCUUCCUUUCCUCUGAGCAUCUUUCUAAUCAUAAUCCUUCUGUUAGACCUGUAGCAAAUACUGUCACUGCCCAAAAAUCACAUUCCCUUGAUUUUAUUUCAUACAUUCUGUCAAUGAUCAUUUUCCUUACAAUGGAAGCGCUCUUUUUUUUUUAAACUCUAGGACUCAAAUACAUUGUUCCCUACCAACUCCUGUGUACAGUUUGUGACUAUGAAUUAUCUUCUGUGUCCUUCAAAUAGGUGAUAUCUUGCAAACAAAACUGUGACGGCUUUUCUCUUCAUAUUUUCUGUGGCAAACAUUGUUUAUAUAAGAAGAGAAAGGAGUAAAUUUGAAAGCCAACAUUUUAUGGCAUUGAGGAUAUUUUUCUGUGGUCUCAAUGGAGGCGGUAGCUCUUGAAAGAAAAAAAAUUUAACAUGGUUAGAGAGUGAUGUUUGCAUCUCUAAAAUCAAAGGAGAUGCUGUUCGUGAGUUCUUUGAAGAGACUCAAUUAUUUAGAUUAGUCUCUUACAUGGAUGAAGCUGGUGUGGUUUAGAGGUGCCAUUCGGAGAAGGGCAUUCUAAAAAGGGGUGAGAAGAUUCAAGAAGCACAAGAGGGGGUGGGGGAACAUAGGGAGAGGGGAGGAGGGAGGGUUCAAUCAUCAGCACCAAGGUUACUAUAGUCUAACCAAUCAGCACGGUGAAUUGGGAACAGCUUCUGGGCUGUUUUGUCACCAGCUAUCACUCUUAGUUACAGAGACUCCUGAAGCUUGCUAAAGCAGCACAAAUUAUCCCCAUUUUGUAUGAUGUUCACCUACCCCUGUUUUCUGGGGUUAAUACCAUGGCUGUCAACAAUUUACAGUUAGUGAAGGUGGCAGGCAAGAUUACAGUUGACAUCCAAUUUUAGAAAAUGCUGCAAAAGCCUCUUUUUUAAAAAAAAAUAAAGAUCGGGUCACUUUAAGGUGGGGAGGGUGGGGAGGGAGAGGAAGGGGGGAAAGCAUUUGUUGGGAUUGCAAUAACAUACUUUGGUUUCCUUAUUUCCAAAAGACUGAAAAGGCAAGAAUGUUUGGUGGGAUCUCUCUGGUUUAUCUAAAACAUCCUAUUGAAACACACGUGAACUGUGGAUGCAAUGUGGCUUCUUUGGAGAUAUUGGUUUGCACCAUUAUCCCUGAACUGAUCCUCUUUUCCAAACCCCUCAAAAGGGCUGAAAAGAAGGCUCGGAGCUUUGAAGAAAAGAUCAUCAUGGAUCCAAAUAAACGUAUAUGCAAAGCGCCUAAAUACCAUCUUGGUAGCCAGAUCAUAAUUAAGUAGACUCAUAUUCAUUGGCCUGAAGCAACAUAUUUAAAAUAAAAUUCAAAGGUUAUAAGAUUCAUACCAUCCAAUUCAGAAAAAUCAUCAUCAUUUUAUUCUCAAAUAGUCAUUUCUUCUAAGUUUCUUUCCAUCAAUUUUUCUUUGCAAAGCUCUUGUUCCCAUCAACUUCUCUAUUUACUCCCAAGUAGUUCAUAUUAAUGUUUCCUUUUCUCUUGGACACUUCUCUCUCUUCCCCUAUUAGAAGGUCUUCAGUUCAGUUUGAUCUACCCAAUAUUUAUUAAGGGCCAACUUUGUACAAAGCAUUGUUCUAGAUACUUUAAGAGUUAUAUAUAGAUGAGUAUAAGAAUCCCACCUGGUACUCAUAGAGUCAUCCACCUUUCUGGGUGAUCAAAUACAGUCCAGUCUCGUAAGUAUUAUAAAGUGAUGAUGUAAAUAACAAGCUAGGGUGUGGUAAAUGGUGUUGAACAUCAAAGGAACAAGAUCCUAACCACCUGGGCAAAUCAGAGAAGGCUUUUGGAAGGAGUGUAGCAUCUGAAUUCAGCCUUGAAGAAUAGCCUUCAAGUUCUUAACAGGUAGAGAUGGAAGAAGGUGAAGGGUAGAGGAAAGGACAUGGCAAAAGUGUAGAAAUAAGAAAGUAUGUUAAGGGAAUAGUAAGAUCUUUCUGAGUCUUGGAUUCUCGUGCCUAAAAGGCCACAUGUCCCAAGAAAAUGAGGUCUCCUCAUUUGAUCACCUUGAAAGGUGGUGACUUAGACAGGAAGGGUUUGGAAAGUCCAAGUCAAGAGUAAUUCACAUUCCAUUCACAAUUCAUUGUCAUUUUCUCUUUUUUUCCCAAGUUGGCAUGAGCUGAAAAUAGUCCAUUUUAAUUUUACACCAUCUACCUUUAUGUUAGUGUGCUUGGGGACCUUUAUCAGAUAUGAGUUUGAGGUUUUGUUUUGUUUUUUUACCACCUGUUUCAUAUGCUUUUUUUAAAAAAAAUAGUUAAGGUUAAAAUAGCAAAUGCUAACAGUCAAAUACAUUUCAUAGUGAUGGUCUGAAAAAUAAACCAAAGGAUAACAUGUGUGCAUGCCUGUCUGAGCACACACAGAAAUGUAUACAUAUGUAAGAUAUACACGUAUAUACAUAAAUACACUUGUAUAUAUGUAUAUACACACAUAGAACUAACAUGUGUGUAUGUGUAUUUACUAAAGAAACAGAGUUCAUACUCAUCCACAAAAGGAAUUUUCAAAAAUAUCAAAAAGAUUGUAAGUGGGUCAGAGUUUAGAUGAAAGCAUACAUUGAUCUGCAUUGCAUCCUGUAAUUUUGCAAAUCUCUGUAUAAACAUUAAAUGUCAUAUAGCAGCAAAAUUAUAAAAUGGCUAUUCAUAUUUUCACAACUGUGGCAUUAACAAUGAACAUAAUUAGCUUCUUAACAGAAAUUGUAAGGUUUGAUAUGAGAUACAAUAUAUAAAUUAUAUAUAUUACAUAUAUAUAGCAUUAUAUAAAUAUAUAUAAAUCCUUGGUUCUCUACUCCAUUUUUCACACCAGUAAUAACUGAAAAGCAUCCAAUUAGUGCAAGUUUUUAUGAUAGCCCUGCUGCAAGAUAAAGUUAAUUUAUAGUCAUUUAUAAAAAAUAAAAAUGAACAUAAGCAAAUGAUGAUUUAACACAGGUUGACUUUGUUUAAAUAUCAAUCCUUGUGAUGAUGUUUUAUAAGUAAAAUGAAGAAAUUAUGUUGUAAAUUAGGAGGCUCAAUAAAAAAAAAUUACCUACCAGAAAUUAUGU